CAUACCUUUGCGGUCUGACGUCUUCCACCAAUGGGCUGAGGCCGUCGGCGGGGCCAGGAUGAGUGCGGACCUGCUGUUGGAGGAGCUGCUAAUCAAGCGUUCGCAGCAGAAGAAGAGGACGUCGCCGCUGAACUACAAGGAGAGGCUGUUCGUCCUCACCAAGAGCCGGCUGACAUAUUACGAUGGAAGAGCUGAGAAGAAGUUCAAGAGGGGCUCCAUCGAAGUGAGUCGCAUCAGAUGUGUGGAGAUUGUCAAGAAUGGAGGAGGGGUCAUCCCCUGCCAGAACAAAUACCCCUUUCAGGUGGUGUACGAUACCAACACCCUCUAUGUAUUUGCUCCAAGUCAUGAAAGCAGAAGUCGAUGGGUCCAGAGCCUGAAAGAUGAGAUCAAAGACAACGCAGAGGUCUUGGUGAAGUUUCACCCUCAGUUCUGGCAGGAUGGGUUGUGGCUCUGCUGCCGCCAGGCAGAAAAACAAGCACCGGGGUGCGAGCAGUACAACCCGUUAGAAGACAUUUCCAGAAAACCUCUACCCCCGAUUCCUGGAGAGAAGUGUAAAACAGAGAGGCGUCGGAAUCCUCCUCCUGCCCCCCCGACCCCCGAAGAUGAUGAGGAAGACGAUGAGGAGGCUGAGGAAGAGGAGGUGGUCGUGGCUAUGUACGACUUCCCCGGCAUGGAGCCUCAUGAUCUGAGUCUGGUGAAAGGGGAAGAGUAUGUCAUCGUGGAUAAGUGUGAUGUCAACUGGUACAGGGCACGCAACAAGUAUAAUUUGUUUGUGUUUUUUCACAGUGAGGAAGGAUACAUUCCAAGUAACUAUGUAACUGAGAAAAAAUCCGGAAACUUGGUCCAAUAUGUCUGGUACAAUAAAAAUGUCAACAGGAAUAAAGCUGAGGAGCUGCUGAGGAAGGAGGAUAAAGAAGGAGCCUUCAUUAUUAGAAACUCCAGCACCCCAGGAACCUACACUGUUUCGCUCUACACAAAGUCUUCAGGGGAUGGAGGUGCAGCUAUUAAACAUUACCACAUCAAGGAGACACAAACCCUACCAAAACACUUCUACCUGGCUGAGAAACACCUCUUCAGCUCCAUCCCGGACCUGAUCGAAUACCACAAACAUAAUGCAGCAGGUCUUGUAGCCAGGUUGAGAUAUCCUGUUGGAAAACAAGACAAAUCAGCUCCGUCCACUGCUGGCUUCAGCUAUGAAAAGUGGGAGAUUGACCCCAAUGAACUAACCUUCAUGAAGGAGCUGGGCUGCGGUCAGUUUGGAGUAGUGAGGCUCGGCAAGUGGAGAGCUCAACACAAAGUGGCCAUCAAGGCGUUAAAGGAGGGAGCCAUGUAUGAGGAAGACUUCAUUGAGGAGGCCAAGGUUAUGAUGAAACUGUCCCACCCCAAACUGGUACAGUUGUAUGGGGUGUGCAGCCAGCAGCGGCCAAUCUACAUUGUCACGGAGUUCAUGGAGCAGGGCUGCCUGUUGAACUACCUCAGGCAGCGGCGGGGCAGCUUUAACCAGGGGUGCUUGCUGAGUAUCUGUUUGGAUGUCUGCGAGGGCAUGGCACACCUGGAAGCCAACGGCUUCAUCCACAGAGACUUGGCAGCCAGAAACUGUCUGGUAAACGACUCUCUAGUGGUGAAAGUGUCUGACUUUGGCAUGACCAGAUACGUGUUAGAUGAUCAGUACACCAGCUCGUCGGGCGCCAAGUUUCCUGUGAAGUGGUCACCUCCUGAAGUCUUUAACUUUUGCAGAUACAGCAGCAAGUCGGACGUCUGGUCAUACGGUGUGUUGAUGUGGGAGGUCUUCACAGAGGGUCGGAUGCCAUUUGAGCAAAGCCACAACCAUGAGGUGGUGACAUUAGUUACACAGGGUCAUCGCCUGUACAGGCCCAAAAUGGCCAAGCCUGCCAUCUAUGACACCAUGCAGAUGUGUUGGUAUGAGAGGCCAGAGGACCGUCCCUCAUUCGCCAAUCUUUGCGUAAUGAUCUCCGAAGCUCUGGAGGACGACGAGGCGACUCCAAACUGACCAAUCAGCUGCUCACACCCUCCAUGGCUGCCAUUCAGGAGCCACAUCUAAAAU